GUUCAUCUUCUCCUGCUUACUCCGACGACGCGACGGACAGCCACUGCUUGUCCCCCGGAUAAUCUCGAGCGAGAUAUCACACAAUCAGAUACUUCAGUGUAACUUGCGCCAGGUUUCGGGCCAAACUAGCCACUGCGUCCAUUUCUGGUAAUUGGCCAACAACUCCGAAUCGAACAUGCCUCGUGGGAACGUAAAUAUGCCCCCCUCGUCCUCUCGCCUCUCUCCCGCUCACCAUCUCGACCUUCGUCAACGCGCUGAUCGCGACAUCGACAUCGACAUUUCCGAGCACCUCCAAGACGACGUACCCAUGUCUGACAAAGUCACUCCCCCUCAGCCUCGCCACACGCGAUAUCCCGGCGACGCCGCCGACGCUAAGCAAGGCAACAAGGACAAUCUGGCUGGAUGGCAGAUUGAAAUCCAGGACAGGAUCAAGGAGUAUCCCGUCAAGGACCUCGGCGAGUACCUCGCCAAGAUGGUGCCGUCAGACGAGCCUGUGCCUACGUGCCCCGAGAUGGGCAACAUGCUGCAGGCGAUUCCAGUAGGCAACUUCGAGAUAGCCAUGUACAAUCCACUGGUUGCUGCGCUGACGCAGAUGGUGAAGGAAUUCCCCCGCGCCAAGCGUCCAAAGUUCUCCAACUACGAUCACAAGAUAAUGAAGUUCCCGUUCGAAUGCUACCAGGAUGAAGAGCACCCGACGAAGCCGGACGUAAUCGCGACGGUACCGGCGCGGUCUGUCAUCACGCCGGAGGAACGCUGGAGGAACAUGGCGGUCGUUUUUGAACUGAAGAACAUAGAGAAGAAAGACCCGAUGUAUAGAUCAACACCAACCCAUUGGGAGACGCUGGUGCAGCUCGCGAAGAGCGCGCGGAACAUCAUGCUCUCUCAGGGCAGGCUGUACGCGUUCGUCGUAGGCAUAUACGGAGACGUGGCUCGCAUCUUCCGCUUCGACCGCGCGGGAGCGAUCUGCUCGGCCCCGUUUGCGUACCGCGAUCAUCCGGAGAUUCUGCACGAGUUCCUCUGGCGGCUGUUCCACCCAAGGACGCAGGGCUGCGCUAUCGUCGGCGAGGAUCCGACGAUGAAGCUGGGGACGAGUGCGGAUCGGAAACGCGUGGUCAACCUGGCGCGCAAGCACGAUCCUGACUGGAAGCACAGCGCUGAGACGCGGAAGGCGGUGCGGCGUAUCACGAUGCUGAACGAGAAGGGGGAGCGGACGACAUACCUCGCGUACAAGCUGCUGUUCGUGAACCCGGGGCUGUUCUCGCGCGCAACGCUGAUCUGGGAAGCGUUCAUCAUCGACAAGAAUAACCGAAGCAAAGGCGAACGAUGCGUUCUAAAGGAGACCUGGCGCCAGCUCUGUCGUCUGGACGAGAUUGGCUUCUACGAGAUGCUGCAGCUGGCGAACCUGGAGAAGUUCAAGGAGGAACAGGAGAAGGAAGGCAGGGCGAGGAAGGACGAUGAGGCUCAGGACGCCGAUGGGAAGAAGGGGAAGAAAGGACGCAGGGCCGGCAAGCGAGGCAAGUGCGUCGUCAAUGCAGCGUCGAAUACUCGUGGCGCAGCAGCGUCUAAAUCUGGUGAUGCUACUGGUGGCUCGGAUGAGGCGCGACAGAAGCUCUUGGCGGAGGCUCGGGCGCUGGGUGACGCUCAACACACGUUUGGUGUCGUGCGUUUCAUGUUCGGCGAGGACUUUGGCCAGCGGGACGAGGAGCAGUGGGAACUCACCGAGAAGGCGAGGGUAGCCGGUGCUCCGCUCCCUGAAGACACGAAGACCGGCUACCGGACGAUCUCUGGGGUGCACAAUUGCCCCGCGAAGGUGCGAUUGAACGAACGGAGUCAGACACGCAUGGUCUUGAAGACGAUUGGCACGCCGCUGACGGACUUCGAGUGCACGAGGGAGGUUGUCACGGCUCUGCGCGACGCCGUAGAAGGGCACCGACAAGCAUACGAAGACGGUGUAAUACAUCGGGACAUCAGCGAGGGAAACGUAAUGAUCGCUCGCCUUGGUGAAGCAUUCGCUGGCUUCAUCCAAGACCUCGACUUCAGCUUCAGCUGGAGACGGUUCUUGGAGAAGCGUAAUUACGCAUCAGUCGAUCUGGCGACGUGGGAGAAGUACUGUGUCGAGCACGGACACGAGCCACCUCAGGCUAACGACGUUGACCCCGCGAAUAACAGCAAAGAGCGUACGGGAACGGUGCUCUUCAUGGCGGUCCAGGUUUUGUUGGGAAAGAUUACCCAUGAAGCACGGCACGAUCUAGAGUCCUUCUACUGGCUUCUCGUGUUCAUUGUUCUACGACACACCAAACACGGGCACGCCAAAAAGAACGCGGCUUUUGCCAGUCUAUUCUGCUCACAUGACCUGGAGCAAUGCGCCAGCCACAAGAUGACCUGGUUAUUGAGCCUCCGGGCACCCCUUGACGUACCCGAUAACGAGCCACUUUCGACUCUGCUGGAAGAUCUACGCGCACUUUUCGACAGCAACUUUCCUGAUAAACGUGCACCGAUCCGGCGUGUCACACAUCAAGAGGUCCUCGAUGUCUUCAACAACGCAUUGGCCAAAGACUGGCCUCUCGACGACGCGUCCGUUCCGUGGGUCUCCCCAUUGAACCGACAGUACCCCGGUAGCAUGGUGGAGUCGAUAGGCAAACCGGUGACGAAGGGUACACUGGAUCACACUGUCGCUACCGAACUGCGAUUCCCCGUUCACACAGUUCCCCAGGAGCAGAUCGCAGCUGACCGGGAGCUUGAUGGCGAGGGGGACGGCGCGAUGACCGACGACGACUCGUGCGACUCAGCUGAUGACGUUCACGCCGAGGCAAGCGAUGAAAACAUGGUCACAUACCUCGACGACUCGGAACGUCCGAACGCUCCGGACGCGCCACCUGGACUCGCACUGCUAAUCACGGACGAGCCGCAGCCAGAGGCCAGCACAUCCAAGAUACCGGAGCAGAAGCGGAACGAGAGUCGAACUCGUAAGGCUCGUACGAACAGUCGUACUGAACAGCCGCCGCCGAAGGCGAAGCGCCAGGCCACUAAGACCGCAGGGUCAAGUCGUAACGUCGCCGAGACAUGGCCCGCCGCCAGCAACGUUGACGGAGUUGGUGCGAGACCGGGCCAACGCUACAACCUUCGCUCGUCGAGCCGUCGUGAUCUGACGGGGUCGAAUACGUCCGACGCAGCGGAUCGUGCGCCGGUUCCUGAGCGUAGGUCGACUCGGUCCCGCACGCAGGCAUCGCAGCAGCGGGAUGCUGGUUCAAGAAACAGUAGCAUUGGGAAGCGGAGUCGUGAGAGGGAAGACCUCGGGGAUAUCGAAGAAGACCUGGAUGCACAGUCGUCGAAGCGACCGAGGACGUUGAGCCAACCUCGAGGCAGGAAGCCACCGAAGAAGUCGGGAAAGAAGCCCUGAUGAUCAGUGUAGGUAUACGGUUUGCGCGCGGUCAGUACUAGUUGUCUGGAUCGACAGGGUCCAUAGAGGAUAAUCUUGGGUGUAACGGAUCGUAGAGUAGAUUUCCAUUGUGUUCAUCUUCGUCACUUGCGCUGCGCUUCACGGACUGUAUGGUCUGCCCUUCCUAACUAAACGUCGGAUGCGGCCGGUCCGGGGGUAACAUCGUGUGCUGCGUCGUUCUCUUAG